AUGAAUGGUAUAUUUGCGAUCGAAAAGCCUACUGGCAUCACUUCAAAUCAGUUUAUGAUGAAGUUACAACAUCUAUUGACAAAUAGUCAAGUGUUCUCAAAAGAAAUCCAAAGAGCAACUACCGAAAGAAUACAACAGUACCAAAAGGAAACUGGCAAAAAGGCAAGUAAGAGAAAACUCCGUAAAGUUUCUAAAGUUAAGAUGGGCCAUGGUGGUACUUUGGAUCCUCUUGCAUCAGGUGUGCUAGUGAUUGGUAUCGGUACAGGUACAAAACAACUAGCAAACUAUUUAUCUGGUACAGUUAAAGUAUACGAGACAGAAGCUUUAUUUGGCGUUUCAACUACUUCUGGAGAUGUUGAAGGUGAUAUUUUAUCUCAAAAUUCCGUAAAACAUAUUAAUAUAGAAAAUUUAAAGACAAUCCCAGAAAAAUUCAUUGGAAGUUUAAAGCAAACGCCACCAAUAUAUGCAGCAUUGAAAAUGAACGGUAAACCACUGCAUGAAUAUGCGAGAGAAGGGAAACCUUUACCUCGUGCCAUUGAGCCCAGACAAGUUAAUAUAUAUGAUUUAGUUAUAUACCCAGAUUCAUGUUCAAAGAACCAUAAUUAUGACUUUUUAAGAAAACCUACUGAUGAAUUAACAGAAGUGACAAUCAAGGAUUUAAAUGCGAAUAUGCUCAAAGAUUCUUUAUAUUUUUCAAAAGAAUUUUGUGAAAAAUACAAUAAAGAAUCUGAACUUGCAGAUGUUGAACCUGCCAUCGAACUUUCAGAAGAAGAGAGAGCUAUGAUCGAAAAUGAUGCAAAUUACAGAGCUCCUUUAUUACAUUUCAAAGCCAAAGUGUCGUCGGGUACCUAUAUUCGUUCAUUAAUCAGUGACAUUGGUAAAGCCAUGAGGAGUUCUUCUUACAUGGUUAAAUUGAUUCGUUUACAACAACAAGACUGGUCAUUAGAAAAAGGAAAUGUCUUCAAAAUGUCUGAUUUCACUGAAAAUGAUGAACUGGUUUGGAGUAGAGUAUUGGAACUAGUUCUUAAAGAAGGCGCGUCAGUCAAUAUAGCUGAUGCGACAGCAAAAAUUAAGAUAGAGGUGGCCAAGGAAUUGGAAGAACAAGCUCAAUUAGCAAGGAAGAAUGCACUUGAAACUGAUACUAUAGCGCAAACAACGACUGUGACUGAUGAUAAACUAAAUUUAGAACAAUUAACGUCUAAUAAAAGGUCCAUUGAUGAAGUAUGA